UUAUCAACACGAGGUAGUCCAACACCCUUUCUUGAUGAUCAAGUAACCAGCCCUGCAGACCCAAUUGUUACAACACCUGUUGAUCAGCUAAUGGGCGAAGCGCCCCUAGACUCUCCAGAACAGCCCAUCCUUAAAAGCCCACCCUUAUCAAGUACGAGUGUUCGCCUACCCAGCUCAACAUUGUUUAAGAAUCGAAGUAGUAUAUUCUCUGGCAAAACAGCUAACUAUUUUGACUUCUCUUCUGAUGAAGAAGACAGCAUUUUUAGUCAACACCAACUCAAUAAGAAGCCAGUCGUAAACAAUGUGAAGCCAGAAAUCUAUCGUAAAAUGUUCAGUUCAAAUGAUGACAAACCAGCUCCCAAGCGACACCAGUCUCUCAGUUCAUUUAGUCGUGCCAUUGGCAACUUAUUUGAUAGUUCAGAUGAAGAGGAUAUUGUGGCUCCUAAACGUUCAUUUAUCAAAAAAGAACCCAUUAUCAAGCAAGAACCUAUGGACUAUUCACCAGAAAUUAAGUCAAGUAGUAUUUUCUCUCGCACAUCAAAGCUAUUUGAUUUCUCAGAUGAUGACGAUGACGAUGAUAUGGCUACAGUACGAAAGAAACCAGUUUUUAUCAAUCCACUUGAAUUAUCUGAUAGUGAAGAUGAAGCGCCAAUUAAAAAACUAAAGAGUAAACAAAAGACAAAAAGCACUGAUCUGCCUGCUAUCUUUUCUGAUGUCUAUUUACCAAAGCCAAAGGCCAAAUUACCCAAGCAAGACCCAUCUGAAUUCUCUGAUAUUGAAGAGAUGCCUAUGGAGGAUUACCGUAAUAUAGAUAACUAUGGACGCACAAUCGACAUUGAUAGAAGAAAGGGAAACCAUAUUACCAUCACUAAGCAAAAGCGCCUAUUGUAUGAGAGUGAGAGUGAUAGCGAUACGGACCAACAGAAACUAGGAAUAUACCAGUCAAGAUCAGUCUAUAGACCCAUAUCUGACAAAACAAAGCACCCUACAGAGCAACAGAUUUCACUCAGUAAACUAUUACAAGAAAAGAAGAGAAGACCAUUGCAUCGAUUUAAUCCGUUUAUCUUGUUCAAUACAAAGACUAGAAGGAAGUUAGCACAAGAGAAUCCAACAUUAACAGUGCAUGAAUUGAGUCAUUUGGUAGCACAAGCAUGGCGUGGCCUUGAUAGUGUAAAGAAAAUACAUAUUUGUACAUAACUACUCACACUUUACUAGGAAUCCAAAGCUAAAAUUGAAGAAGAAGCAAAUCAAAUGAAGCAAUUGUUUAUACAGUCAGGAGGAAAUGGGGUUAUUCG